GAGAGAACAGUUCACUUAAAUGCAGCUGCAGUACUUUUGUGUGAUACCUGUCAGAAUCAUUCCCAGUGCGAGGUUGGGUUUGUGACCAUGAUGUCAAGAUUGGUCUUUCUCCUUUUCUGUGGAUAUAUUGCACAAAACCUGGGAAAUGCUCAGAAAUUGCCAAGAGUGAAAAGGCAGAGUCUGAAAGUUCAGAUCAAUGCAACAGAUGACACCGUUUGCAUGAGGUAUCUUCGACCAAGUCAAAACACCAAACUAGAAGGUUUUGUCCUGGGUUACGGAAGCAACUUCUUCUCUAAUCAGUACAUUCCUUUACCUUCGGAUGGAAAAAUGUACAUAACAGAACUUGAUGCAGAGCCGCGGUAUUUGGUUUCAGUAAGACCAGCACGCGUUUCAAAUAACAAGAAAUCUUGUUCAGGUCGGACCAAGACACAAAAGCCUCUGCAGCUGGUAGUUGGCACUCUCACCCCAACCUCUGUGUUCCUCUCUUGGGGCAUCCUAGUCAACCCUCAACAUGACUGGACAGCAACAAGUAACUGUGCUAGCGACAGGUUCUAUACAGUUCGCUACAGAGAAAAGGAUAAAGACAAGAAAUGGGUUUUUCAGCUUUGCCCAGUUACAGAGACGGUGGUGGACAAUCUGAAGCCAAACACACUUUAUGAAUUUGGAGUUAAAGACAACGUAGAGGAUAGUAUUUGGAGCAAGACUUUCAAUCAUAAGACAGUUCUGUCUAAUAAAAAAGUAAAUGGACAACUCCAGAAUAUGUACAAGUUGGUACCUAAUUCCCAAACACAGCUUACACUGCGUGAUAAUAAGAAGUUGGUCCCUGUCACAAUAAUCAAACAAGUUAUUCAAAAUCGGACGCAGUCAAAAACUUCAGAUAGUUCUUCUCUGCCAGGAGCAAUAUUAGUGCACCUUAUUGUUCCAGGUCUCAAUGAAACUCAGCAGAAACUUCCUCCUCUCCUGACAAUAGAUGACAUACCUCAAGCAUCCAGGAAAAAACUGGCUAAGAAUGAAACUCGAGUAUGGCCUGCUGAAUCCAAAACACCAGAAGUUCAAGAAAUCUCUCCACAGUCCCUCCCAGCUCAGCCUGAGAAAAAACAUGGACCUAAGGAAUUUAAAUCAACGCCUAAACCCGAACUGGUGCAAACUCAAAACAUACUGGCUUCUAAUGAAAUACAGCCACUUCCUUCUGGAUCCAGAAUCUCUGGUGCUCCAAAAAGUCCAUUGACAGAACUUGCUACUCAGAGUCCAGCCUUGAAAUCUGUAUCUCUACCUUCUGCAGAAACCAGAGAGAUGGAGAUGGCUUUUGAGGAAACACAGCCUGUUUCUUCAGGAUCCAAAACAUCUGGUACCACAGAAUUGCAACCAACCAGAUCUGGUGAAAGGAAGCCUCUUUCUUCAAGAUCCACAACAUCUGGCAUGCCAGAAAUGCCACCAAUCUCAGCUGCAACGCAGAGUCCGGACCUGGAAUCCACCUCGUCUGCUUCACUGGAAACCACAAGGACUGUGAUAGCUACUCGAAGACCAAGGCUGAAGCCCACCGCUCCUUCCUCCCUGGCAACCCAGCAAACCGUGAUGGACUCACAUGACUUUCUUCAUGUUACUUCCACUCCCCAAACAUCUACAUCUGCAAUAUUGUCAGAGCAAGAGACUGCUUCUGAUGAAACACAGCCUAUUUCUUCAAGAUCCACAACGUUUGCUAUUCCAGAAAUGCCAUCAACAAAAUCUGCUACCCAGGAACCAGGCCUGAAAUUCACAUCUCAUCCCUCCAUGGAAACCAGAGGGAGCGUGAUGGCUUUUGAUGAAAAGCAGCACAUUUCUUCAAGAUCUGAAACAUCUGGCAUCCAAGAAAUGCCAUCAGCUGUACCUGUUCUCCCAAGACCAGUCCUGGAGCCCACAUCUUUUCCUCCACUGGAAACCACGAGGACAGUGAUGGUUACUCAGAGACCAAAGCUGAAAUCUACUUCUCCUUACCUUGCAAGCCAAGGAACAGUGGAGGCAACGCAGAGUCCGGACCUGGAAUCCACCUCGUCUGCUUCACUGGAAACCACAAGGACUGUGAUAGCUACUCGAAGACCAAGGCUGAAGCCCACCGCUCCUUCCUCCCUGGCAACCCAGCAAACCGUGAUGGCUUCAGUGGACUCUCACCAUAUUACUUUCCCGUCCCAUACAUCUGCGUCUGCAGAAAUAUCAAAAAUAAAGACUGUUACAAGUUCAGCUGACCUGGAAAAAUCUAUGCCUCCACUUUCCAGAACACCUCAUGUGCAAACCACAACUAUGGCUUUCAAUGGUAUUCAGCCUGUUCUUUCAAGCCUUGUGACACCUAGUAAGCCUGAAAUACCAGAUGCUGGACCAGCAACAAGUGAAUCCAUUCUGGAAUCUUUCACACCUAAAACUUCUCGUCCUUUUCAAUGGCCAAGGGUAACAUUAGCUCCAAAGGAAAUACCACUUAUUCCUUCUAAACUGAAACCAGCUGCUACCCCAGAAGUACAGCAUGUGAAACCUGCCCCUAAACAACCACUUUUGGAGCCUAAAACUUCUCAGACUGUUGAACAACCAAAAGCAACACUAGCUCCUAAAGAAGCAAAACUCACACCUUCUGCAUCUAAACCUAGACCAUCCGCCAGACACAAAAAGCCACCAACUAAACCUGCAGCAACCAUUCCGGUGUCAGUCACUGCUAGGAGUCCCUACACAUAUGAACGUCCAAAGACUGCAGAGGCUCCAAAGGAGACUCAACGUUUUCCUUCUAAACCUAAAACUUCACCCAAACCUCAUAUCCCACAGGCCAAAGAUGUCCUGGAAUCUAUAACAUUUAGAACUGAUCAGCUAAAACCAACAAUAGUUCCAAAAGAAACACAGCGUGUUCCCUCCAAACCUAGAACAUCACCAAGCUCAGAGGUUCCACACACCAAACCUGUUCUGGAACCAAUUACGUUUAGAACUGAGAAACCAAAGUCAACAAUAGUUCCUAAAGAUACACGUCAUGGGCCUUCCAAACCUAAAACAUCACCCAGCCCACGUGUUCCUCCAACUAGAGCAAGUCCAAAAGAAAGUCGGCGAGUCUCUUCCAAGCCCAGAGCAUCACCAAGUCCAGAUGUACCACACACAAAACCUGCUCCUAGAGAACCACAACAUACUCCCUUUAAACCUAAAGCAGCUCCCAUCCCAGAUGCUCCACACAGCAAGCCUGAAAUCAUUCCAACCUUCCAUGAACCAGAUACUACUAUGAUUCCUCAUAUUCCUGAAAGAUCAAAGGCAACAUUGGCUCCAACUGAAAAACAGUUCAUUCAUGCCAAACCAAAAACAUCUGAAAAACCAAGAGUGCUACACACCAAACCUGCAAUACAUCAGACAACUCCACAACCAAUUAUUACAAAAUCUUCUACUACCACUGAGCAUUCAAGGGCAACAAUGGCUCCAAAAGAAACACUGCUUAUUCCUUCCAAACCCAAAACAUCUGUCGGGCCAGAAGUACCGCAGACUAAAUCUGCUCCAAGGGCAACACACCUGGGAUCAAUUAACCUUAUAACAGUUCAUGUUGUUGAUGGGUCCAAAAUGACUUUGGUUCCCAAUGAAACUUACCAGAUUUCACCCAAGACCAAAACUGCUCUAGCAACUGAAAUUCCAUGGUUUAAUACAGCACCUCAUAAAACACGUCUCACUUCUGCAAGACCAAAGCCACCUGGUAAAUCACAGACCAGACCUGCUCUUAGUAAAACCACACUAGCACCAGCUAGAACAAAAGCACUUGGACUGCCAAAGUGGAUUGUGCCAACAACAGAUGAUGUAUAUACACCUGAGGAUAUUGCCAGACAAAUUGGCAUGGAUGUGGAAAAAACUUUGGAAUAUAGUGAUACCUGGGAAAAGCCAAUUUCUGUAACUACAUCACCUGGCCCUCAGCAUCCUCCUAUACCUCCUGUCAAGCCUACACAAAUGCGAAGAAAACCUCUGCCUCCAAACACCGUGACUGGUAAACCAGGGAGUCCAGCUAAACCCGCUGGACCAACACCACCUGUGAGGACAGGAACGUCAUAUAAGAUGCCAACAGCUUUUGCAACUCCAGAGUAUUAUGUUGAUGCAACUGUCUUCAGCUCAAGUCCUACAUCAGAAACAGAUUCUUCAGGCAAACCAAGGUACCAAGCCCCCCAUGUCAAGUACAUGAAGAAAGAUGAUGAUGUGCCUUGCUCUAUCACAAGCUCUCUUGAACAUUUUCCUCAAGAAGAAGCUGGCAGCAAGGAAGAACCUACUCGUCCUCCACAAAAUCCUCCAACCAACCUCACAGUGGUGACUGUUGAGGGCUGUCCAACUUUCGUCAUAUUGGACUGGGAAAAACCAGACAAUGACACUGUUACUGAGUAUGAGGUUGUGUCAACUGAAAAUGGAGCAAGUGAUGGUGAAAAGGAGAAAUCGAUUAUCACUACGAAUCAAACCCAUUCUACUGUGGAAAACCUAAAACCUGACACAAGUUAUGAAUUCCACGUGAAACCUAGAAACCCUCUUGGUGAAGGUCCAAGUAGCAAUGUUGUGGCAUUCAGUACUGAAUCAGCGGACCCAAGAGUGAGUGAGCCAAUUUCAGUGGGAAAGGAUGCUAUCUGGACUGAAAUCCCAUUCAAUUCGGACACCUAUUCAGAAUGCAAAGGGAAACAAUAUGUAAAGAGGACUUGGUAUAAGAAGUUCGUAGGUGUGCAGCUGUGUAAUUCUUUGAGAUACAAGAUAUACCUCAGUGAUUCACUUACAGGAAAAUUUUAUAACAUAGGAGACCAGAGGGGCCACGGAGAAGAUCACUGCCAAUUUGUAGACUCAUUCUUAGAUGGAAGGACAGGACAGCAAGAAGAUCUACCAGUCAAAGAUGGAUUUUUCAGGGCAGUUCGUCAGGAACCUGUCAAAUUUGGAAAAAUAGGCGGGGAGACUCACAUUAACUAUGUUCGCUGGUACGAGUGUGGAACGUCAAUACCUGGGAAAUGGUAGAUGCGACAUGAACUUGGUGAAGAGGCCCAGCACUUACCGCCCCCGUCCGACUGCCCAACGCAGGCUCAAAGGUGGAAAUGUUUAUGGUAUGCCUGGCACUUCAAUAAGUUUGCUGAUGUGCAAGGGUUUAUACAAGUCUAAUGCCAAUACUGCAUUAAUUGUGUAAUAGCGUAGGCUGCUUACUGUAGUUAUCCAGUUUUACCAAUUUGUUUUUAGAUUAAAAAAAAUCCCAAACAGGCUAGGGACAUGUUGUAGGAUAAUGUAUAGGGAAGCUGGCUCCCUAUUCUUGAGGUAUGGUUUAUAUGGUAUUUUAAAAGAUACGGUGUGUAUAUUAUUUAUCACAAUGUUGUAAUAAAUGUUUAAGGCACAGUUACGGCAGAGUUGGUCAUGGAAUGCAACGUGCGUUAGUUUUUAAAUAGUCACUGGUCUUCUUACAAGUGCCAUAAGCUACCUGUCCAGAUAGAUCUGUAAUGUCUCCCCAGUCGUAAAUUAUAGAAACGCCCCUACAAUUUUUAAUAUCCUGCAACCAGUAAACUUGAACCGCCUUCUCCUUCCAUGUACAAACAGUCUAUACUCCUGCCAAAACGCUGAGGUAGGUUGCUAUACGUGCCGCUUUAAACUAUCAGGUUAGUGGGGUUUUUUCCAUGUUUGUUUUCAAAUGCUUCAGCUCCAGCAGAACAGUAUGUGCAGCCUGCCGCUACGGAGCUAGAGCCACUCCCCUGAGCUGGGCAGUGGCUGGUCGGUGGGUUUGGUUUCCGCCGGUUAAAGCAGACAGGUACAUCGUACCUACACGGAGUAAGAAAAUGAAACCGGCCUCCACUGCUGUGGCUUUGCACGACGAUGUAGUGUUCGGAGACCGAGACUUACUGGUUCAAAAGCCGAAUGUACCUACAGUGCAGGGGGACUUGGAAAGAUAAAUGAAACGGGGAAAAAAUAAGCUACUUAUAACAGCAUAAUCAGGUUUAUU